CACCAUUUCUUAAAACAUCUAAUCUAUUUAAUUUGAUAAAUCCAGAAUUAUAAAUCUAUCAAUCUGAUAAGAAUAUUGUAGUUUUAAUGACAUAUGAUAAAAGUACAUUGUGUAUCAUAACGAAAGUUAAGAAUUCUAUAAAUCAGAAGUAAUGAUAUCUAUUUCCAGGAGAAUCUUUCUCUACACUGUUGUUAGUUUAUUGAAAUACUAAGAAAACAUCAGUAAUUAAGAAAUACAACCUCACUUUCACUUUGUGACAUUUAAUCCAUAUGGUAACAACAGGUAUUAUUGCACGCGUAAUAAAUCGUAUAUAUUUUAAUAAACAUAAAUAAAUAAGCAAUGGAAUCUUCUCAAUUAAAAAAUAUUUUUAAUAUCAAAUAUGUGAAAAAAUGCAGCGAUGAUAUUCAAUAUGGAACAGCCGGCUUUAGAGCGAAGGCAAAUGUUCUUGAACAUGUUCUGUAUAGAAUGGGAUUGCUAGCAGUAUUGAGAUCUAAAGUUAAAAAUGCUGCAAUUGGUUUAAUGAUUACGGCAAGUCAUAAUAUUGGGUCUGAUAAUGGUGUGAAACUUAUAGAUCCAGCUGGUGAAAUGUUAGAAGCAGCUUGGGAACAUAUAGCUACCAACUUAGUUAAUGUAGAAGAUUCAAAUUUAGUUUCUACAAUAGAGCAUAUUAUAAAAGAACAAAAUGUUAACAUGUCUACAAAUGCAGUUGUAAUAACUGGUAGAGACACUAGAGAAAGUAGUCCUACAUUAUUAAAUGCUGCUCUUGCAGGAAUUGAAGCCUUACGCGGAUUUGUACAAGAUUUUGGUAUAGUUACAACCCCUCAGUUACAUUACCUUGUUGUAUGUACAAACACAAAUGGUAGUUAUGGCGAUCCCACUUUAUAUGAAUUGUUAUUAGAUGCUGCUAACGGUGUUGGAGCUAAUGCCAUAAGAGAAUUUCAAAAUUACAUAGGAACAGCAAUUGCAAUUAAUGUAUAUAAUGAUGGAGAUGGGAAAUUAAACCACAUGUGUGGAGCUGAUUAUGUGAAAGUACAACAAGUACCACCUAUAAAUUUUCCUCUCAAAUCAAAUGUUAGAUGUGCAUCCAUAGAUGGUGAUGCAGAUAGAAUUAUUUACUUCUACAUGGAUGAAGAUAAUAAAUUUCAUCUUUUGGAUGGUGACCGAAUAGCAACACUUAUUGCUGAAUAUCUUAAAGAACUUUUACAAGAAAGUAAUUUAUCACUUCAACUUGGUUUAGUACAAACAGCAUAUGCUAAUGGUAGUUCUACUGAUUAUAUUUCAAAUGUGCUACAAAUUCCAGUUGCUUGUGUAUCAACUGGUAUUAAACAUCUACAUAAUAAAGCACUAGAAUUUGAUAUAGGAAUAUAUUUUGAAGCAAAUGGUCAUGGAACUGUACUUUUUAAAGAAACUACUAUUGAAACAAUUAAGAAAGCUAUCAUAAAUCCAGAACAAUCUACAAGUGAGAAAAGAGCUGCCUCGAAAUUACUGAAUAUAAUAAAUGUAAUUAAUCAAACAGUUGGAGAUGCUUUUAGUGAUAUGUUGCUAGUAGAGACAAUUUUGCAUGCGAAAGGCUGGGAUAUUAUAGAAUGGGAAAAAAUGUACAAAGAUUUACCAAAUCAACAACUAAAAAUAAAAAUUAAUGAUAAAAAUGUUAUUACAACAACUAAUGCAGGAAGACAAUGUGUAACACCAGAAGGAUUACAAAAUGAAAUUGAUAAAGUAGUAUCACAAUAUAAAAAAGGACGAUCUUUUGUAAGACCGUCAGGAACUGAAGACAUAGUACGAGUAUAUGCAGAAUGUGAAAAUUUAUGCGACCUUAAUAAAUUAAUUACAGAUGUGGCAUUGUUAGUCUACGACCGUGCAGGUGGAAUUGGACCUAAACCUCAACUUUCCUAGUAAAUAGUUAUAGUUUUUCAUUAUUUGCUAUACAUAUACAUAUAUAUCAAUUUCAUUUAUAUUAGUGUACAAGUCUUAAGAAUUAUAAUUUAUAUAAAUUGUACGUUAGUUGAGGGUAUUAUAUUUUAUAUGAAUAAUAAAUUAUAUAUAUAUAUACAAUAUUAUAUACAUAUCAUAUAUAUAUUACGUAACAGACACUACGAUUUUUCAGGCACUUACGACAGUCUGAUGAAGAAAUGUUUUGAAUGAAAAUUAAUUAGCUUCCAAUCGACUACAAAUUGCAAUGUAAAAGAUUUCCAAGAAGUUGAUUUUUCGAUAGAAAGUCAAGGUCACCUUGGCUUUUUUAUGACAUUUGUAUUUUUGGCUUCAUACCGUUAUAAAUGGUGUUAAAAUGAGUUCAAUGAUUUACUACGUUAUGAUCUUAAAAAUAAAAAUUAUUUUAUUUCGAUAAAAUCACACGUUUCCAAAUGUGUAAUUUGAUAAUUUGUGAGCUUCAACAAGAAAUAUCAUACACACAUUACAAAAAGACCAUAAACAGCAUACAAAAAUAAAAAUAUUUUGUCUAGUAUGUUAUUAAACGUUUGUAAAACUUUA